GUAAAACCCAGAAUUACUUCUCCCUUGAAGCUCUCUUUAAUUCUACCUAACCUUGGUUUUCCUUCUUUCUUUCUUUUUUUUUUUAUAUUUUAUUUUAUUGUAUAUGAAAUAUAUUGAAGUUACUUUCUUCAUUGUUCCACUUUUUAUUCUCUUCAGGGCCAUUCUUGAAUUUUUACAGUUUAUGCUAAAAUUUUAAUCACGAAAAUUCACAGCUGUUCAGCGAUUGUGUUUCUUGAAAAUUUUACUGUUCUUUACUCUUUUGGGCUUGAUUUCUUGAAGAAAUUAUGGCUACAUUAGCCCCAGGAAUUUUAUUGAAGCUACUAAAUGGGAUGAAUUCAGGGGUCAAGCCCACGAAUGAGCAUAGGAGUUCACUUUUGCAGGUUACUGAUAUCGUCCCUGCAGAUCUUGAUGAGAAGAAUCUUUGGCCCAAGCACGGGUUUUUCAUCAAGGUUUCAGAUUCUUCACAUUCGAUUUAUGUUAGUCUACCUUUUGAUCAAGAUGACCUUGUUCUGAGUAACAAGAUGCAGCUGGGGCAGUUUAUCUAUGUCGAUAAAUUGGAGCCUGGAUCACCUGUUCCCAUUGUCAAAGGUGCGAAAUUAGUGCCCGGAAGACAUCCAUUAGUUGGCACUCCUGAACCUUUAAUGGGGUUAAGAGAGAAGGGAGAGAAAUUUGAGCAGAAAAUCAAUCCUAAAUUUUCUGCUCCAAGAAGAGGGUCUUGGGGUACAGGGCCAAAUGGGACAGAUGCAGCUGCUUCUUCACCCCUGGUUUUAAAGCCAGUGCCUUUGGAUUUCGAUCAAUGUACACCAGUGAAAGACAAGCCCAAUUCUGUUAAAUCUGGGGGCAAUUUUCCAAUGUCCCCGGUUAUUCGAGGCAGAGCGAAGGAUGGAACUGCAAAUUCAGCCGUAAGAUCAUCUGUUGGUGGUGCCCUGUUGUCCAAAAUGAUGGAUUCAAAAGGAGAAACCCCUUCGUUGGUUCGAAAAAGCUGUUUUACCCCUUCAAUGCUAAAAUUUCCCAGGAGCAAAAGCGUCUGCGAUAGAGAACAGAGGAUACCAAAAAGUCCCUUCAACUCAGCUGAAAAGAAAAGUUCAACUCCGCCCCCAAAUUUAAGGAAUGCAAGACAAGCAGCUUUUCCCCAUGUUGGUGGAGAUGCACAGAAAAUUUCUGUACCGGCACAAUCACAGUCUCAUGAUUCAGCCUCCAAUAGUACCAGUCUUCCCAUGAAUUUACCCGGAAAGCUUAGCAUGCUCGGGAAGGAAGCUAUGCAACAAAGGGAGGCGGCCCAGAAGAUAGCACUUCAAGCACUAAGAGAUGCUUCAGCCACUGAAAAUCUCGUUCGAUAUCUGAAGAUGUUUUCAAACCUGAACAAAUCUGCUAGGCCAGAUGCUCCAUCACGCUGUUUUGAUCAGUUUCUCGAGUUUCAUAACCAGAUUGCUCAAGCAAUAGCAGAAAUGGUGUCUAUUCAAGCAGCGAGUGAAGUUGCUCAAGCGCCAACCGUAGAAUCAAAAGAAAAUGGUGAAAAUUGUUCUGAAGAAAAGACCCCAAUUUUGCAUGAAAUAAUGCACAAUGUAGACCAAUCCCGGAACUCAGAGUCAACUGCCUCUAAAAGAAGAGCUGCACUUUACAAAUCAAUUGCUGUCUUUCCAGAAAGAAGUGAUCAGAAAUCAAUUCUUGGGAAGCAUUUGAGAUCAUCAAUUCUCAGCCAGAAAGUGUCUUCGGAGAGAAAAUGUUCGUCAGAGAAUGAUGAAAACAGGAAACCUGUUGCUGCUGCCGCUUCUGGCAGCAGCAGCCUAUCCAAUACAAUCAAAUUGGGAAGGCAGAUAGAGACAGAAGCAGGAAACUGGUUUAUGGAUUUUCUAGAGAAAGCUUUGGAAAAAGGCCUGAAGAAAUCAAAAGCAGAAAAGGAAAUGGACGCUUCCAAAGUUCCCCAGUCACUUAUAUUAAAAGUUAUCAACUGGGUAGAGGUGGAGCAGAGUGACCCUAGCAAGCGGCCGGUGCAUCCCAGAGCAGCUCAUAUAGCUAGGAAGUUGAGGAUCAAGAUGAAGAACCCUUGAUUGUGGAUUGAGCAGAUUAACUAAAACAAUUUACAAUUUGGAUGACUUGCCAAUAUUUUCAGGAUUUGUUAAUAUUUUCUUAGAUGCAAAUAUUAAUUUGUUUAUUAGAAACUGGUGAUUCCAUUGUUUAAUUGAGACGCAAGUUGUUCUUACGUCAGCCAAAGGAUUCAUGGGAAUAUGUUUUUCUGUAAGUUCCA